AACUAGUCCACUUUGUAAUUCCACAAUGGUUUCAACAACCAGCUUGAGGCUCUCAUCGGUUGUUCCAGCUACAAUGACAGGUGAUGAAAACAAGGUCCAUGAGCUCACCAACAUGGACUUGGCCAUGAAGCUUCACUACAUCAGAGGGGUCUACUUCUUCAAGAGCGAGGCAGUUGAGGGGCUCACAAUUUAUGACUUGAAGAAACCUAUGUUCGAGCUCCUGCAGCUCCACUUCAUUGCCUCUGGGAGGAUCCGGAGAUCCGAAACGGGGAGGCCGUUCAUCAAGUGUAACGACGGCGGUGUGAGAAUUGUAGAAGCGCGUUCUGAAGAAACAGUUGAUGAAUGGUUUGCCAGGGCUGUGGAGGACUCUUCUCUCUUUGAUGGUCUUGCUUAUAAUCAAUCCCUUGGUCCUGAUCUUGGUUACUCUCCUUUGGUCUUUUUACAGUUCACUUGGUUCAAAUGUGGAGGAAUGGCAGUGGGACUCAGCUGGGCCAACGUCCUUGGAGAUGCAUUUUCUGCCUCAGCCUUCAUGAACAUGUGGGGGAAGAUCAUGGCCGGUCACGUGUCGCGGAAGCUCCUCCACAUGCCACCUCCCGGAAAACCUGAAUUCCCAUCACUUUCUUCGGUUCCCAAAACACCAUUUUCUCUGAAAAGGGUUGAUCCAGUAGGUGAUUACUGGGUGACACCCAACAAUUACAAGACGAGGAAACACAUUUUUCAUGUUUCUGCUGAGAAACUUGAUCAUUUGCUCUCAAACAUUUCUUGUCCUCCAAGCAACCAAUCGGCAAAAGUCUCCUCAGCUUUUGAAGUUCUUUCUGCUAUCAUAUGGAAAACCUUGUCAAAGAUCAAGGAAAGCUCGGAGCAGAUAACAAGGGUGACAAUUUGUACCAAAAAUGCGCACAAAGGGGAAUUCGAAAUUCGGACUAAUGACAUGGUGUGGAGCACAGUUGAAGCAAAUUUCUUGGUCGCAGAAGCUGAAGUGUCAGAUUUGGUAGAGCUGAUUGUGAACAAAAGGGCAGAAGAGAAUGGUGCAAUUGAGGAGAUGACAGGGAGGGAGGAGGGCGGGAUUAAUUCGGACUUCAUAGCUUACGGAGCAAAACUUACAUUCAUGAACUUGGAAGAGGCAAAGAUUUAUAGGCUUGAAUUGAAGGGACAAAAACCAGUUUAUGCAAAUUAUGGUGUUAGUGGGGUUGGUGAUGAAGGGCUGGUUUUGGUGCUUCCUGCAAGUACUAAUAACGUCGGUCGAUUAGUGAGUGUGGUCCUGCCUGAAAAUCAACUUGCACAGCUCAAAAGUGAGCUCCAAAGGAAUUGGAGUAUUGCUUGAAAAUCAAUACGGUUAGUUAAAUCAGCAAAAGAAAGAAAAUUGAUUUGCUUUCGAUUGAUAACUCGUAACUGCUACAUAUGUUAUGCAGAGAAGUUAAAGAGAAAUGAAAAGAAAUUGCAAUAUCA